AUGAAACACUCGAAUGCAGCGACCCCUCUCGGAACUCAUCGCAGAACAUGUCAUGAAAAUGCUGCUUUCUCUGCCAAGUUCAUAUCGUACGAACCCGAAAUUGUGGUUCGCAAAAUUCUAGUGGCGUUUUGGGUAGAUGGAAAAGACCCAAAAACGAAUGGAAAGAAAGAGCGCAUUAGUAUUGGUCAAGCGAUUCCACUAUGUGGAGGUGUGCUAACGUCAUUGCAACGCAGCUACGGAGGUAAUAACAACAAUUUGGACUCUUUUGGUUCUUGGUUCCGUAUUGUGACAUCUCAAGAGGAUAAUGACUUGUUCUGGCUAAGGCGUUUGAGAGGAUCUCUUGCAAAAGUUCUGCCUUUGCAGACUCGGACGAAAGGGGGCAACGCCGAAACGUUAGCCACAAUAAAGAAUACUAUUGAAGGCAUCACUCCACGAAUCUGA